CGGGGCGGGCGCGCGUCCGCGGCGGUGAUGGCGGUGCGUGAACGCGCGGUGGCAGCAAUGGCCGCUCUGGAGCGGCGAGUGCCGAGUCUCGAUGACUUCGCGGGACAGAGCUGGAGCUCGUGGGUGGAGCGGGCCGACCUGCCUGCGGCAGACGGGGCUGAACUAGAGGAGAGUAGCAAAAACACGAAGAAGCUGGACGCCAUGACCCUCAUUAAAGAAGACAUGUCCAUCUUCGGGCACUGCCCUGCCCAUGAUGACUUCUAUUUGGUUGUGUGUAACCACUGCAGCCAGGUGGUGAAGCCUCAAGCCUUCCAGAAACAUUGCGAAAGAAGACAUGGGCCCCUCAGCAAGCUUUAUGCCCGGGCCCCACCCCCACCUCCAGCCCCUGCCAGCUCUCAGAAAUGCCAUGUAGUGAAUGGGCAGGGCCCAGCUUGUAGAGCCCCAGGUUCCACCAAAACCUCCUCCAGGGAGAAGGGCCAGGGGUCCCGGAGCCGUGGCCAUCAGCCUCCUGAGAAGACCCAGAAGGACAGCCUAUGCCUUUUCGUGCCUGUGGUGAAUCUGGAGAAGAUGUCCAGUCUCCCGAAGCCUGAUGGACAUGGAAUCAGGGUGGCCCCACCCUCUGCUUUCCUCAGUCAGCCAGGAGGCCUCCCCAAGGACUCCCCUGGAAAAGUCCCCACGGCCCCCUCUCCUAAAGAACCUCCUGGCAGAGAGAACAUGGAGCUAAUCCCUGGUGAGGGUUCCAGUCACCGGGCCGAAGGCAGCCCCCCGGAGAAGGAGCCCAGUGGAGCCAGGCUUCCUCCUAAAACCCACCGAAAGAUGGCUCGAAAAGAGUUCGACCUCAACAGGCAGUGCGGGGUCAUAAAUCCAGAGACCAAGAAGAUCUGUACACGCCUAUUGACUUGCAAGAUCCAUUCGGUGCACCAGCGCAGGGAGGUCCCAGGCAGGGCCAAGGACUUUGAUGUGCUAGUGGCUGAACUGAAGGCCAGCUCCCGAAAAGGAGAGUCUCCCAAGGAGAAGAGUCCAGCACGCAAAGAGCCAGCUCUGGAGCGCCCCUCCCAGGAGCCUCCCACUGCAGUCCAGGGUGCGGCUGCAGUAGCUGCCCCCAACAACACCUUCUCUUCUCUGUCUAAGCAGACCUACCCGUACUGCGCACUUCCCAGGUCCCGUGCCUCCUCUGAGAGUGAAGUGGAUGAUGAAGGUCUCUGUGGUGGUGAUGGGGAUCCAGGCCUAUUCCCCUUCCCUUUGCCCCGGGGUGGGGCCCAGGCCUCCAGUGAGGAAAGUGAGGAAGAGGGGACAUCUGAUGACCUCCACCUUUCCCCUGACUGCCAUUACGCAACUCGGCCCCCUAGGCCACAGGCGUUUUGCACAUUUGGAAGCCGGCUGGUGAGCCCAGGAUGCUACGUGUUUAGCCGCCGGCUGGACCGGUUUUGCUCAGCACUCAGCUCCAUGCUGGAACGGCAUCUCAGCUCACACAUGUGGAAGAAGAUCCCACCAGCGGCUGAACCUCCAUCCCAUCUUGUCAGCCCAUCCUUAUCUGAUCCCCUGAGUCCAUCCUCUAUGGGCAGCUGCCCCCGACUUCCAGGCCCACCUCCCCGGCCUGCCUGCCCAGCCUCCGUUCCUCCCAUCAAGGACAGCCUUGUCCCUAGCUAUCCUGCAGGUUCCCCCAGUGUAGCAGCUGCCUGUAGCCAGGCAGAGUCCAUGGGCGGUAGCCAGGCUAUUACCUCACCGCUGCCUGCCAACACUCCAUCUCCGUCCUUCAGCAAGCUGCCACCUUCCAAGGCCAGCAAGUCAUCCAAAGGCAAGGAGGGGGUGGAGAUGGAGGCCCCUUCUCGAAAGCGGAAGUUAUCCCCCGGCCCUACCACUUUCAAACGGACCUGCAUCCUGGAGCCUGCUGGAAAAGGCAAACCCUCUAGCUGUCGGGGUCUCUCAACCAAGACUAAAACAGCCCUGAACUUGGGGCUUAAUGGAACAGUGGGGCCACGAGUGAAACGAGCAGGUCCCCUGGACUGUCGGGGUUCCCCUCAUUCAUCCCCCAUACCAGUCAAGGCUUCUCAGCUAGAAAACCGGGGAGUGGCUGGACACCCAGCUAAGGUCCUGCCAACCAACUGUCUCUCCGAGGAGGAGGUAGCCAAGAAGCGGAAAAACCUGGCUACUUACUGCCGGCCAGUCAAGGCCAAGCACUGUCAGGCUGGUGUCCCUCCUGAUGGGACCUGCUCUGUGCGCCGCAAGAAGCCAGGUCCAGCCCUGCCCUUUGAGGAGAAGUGCUCUACACUGAAGGUACCAGUCCAGCUUCCUGAAGAACAUGGGCAGAGAGGGUUUGGGAGGGGCUGAGGCUGGGGAGCACAAUACGUACAUGACAUGGAGAAGGUGCUAAGGAUGGUUCCAGAGGGGAAUAAAGGGGAACCUGAGGGAGCUCCUGGGCUUCCUACUUUG